GCAACGUCGCCGUGCUCGUUUUUAAGUGUUGGAAAAGCGAAGAGGCACAUCCUUGGUGGCCAGUGGCCACACUAAACCCGGUUGUUGACAAAAUGUUGGAUACGAAAACCUCCGAUUUAGAUGAUUUUAAUGCACCUGAUUUGAAUUUUGAACAAUUGUCCAAAGUGUUAUUGAGCCUCCAUCCGCUGCAGCGGUGGAGCUUUUGCGUGGAGGCUCAAAAAACUCAAGAUGUUGACAAGCUGAAUGAUGGCUUUCUAAAAAUGCUUAAUGAAGAACUGAGCUUGGAAGAAGUAGUUUCACUUUAUUCGGCUUCCAUUCUUUUGUUCUUGUUGACGGAAGACGGGCAAAGGCGACCAUUCCACCAACGACUGGAACUUCUAAAUGGAAUUUUUAACUACUCCGAUACUCUGAAACCCACUAUGAUACAUUAUGCCACAGUGGAGAUCCUGCACAAUAUUAAGCUGGUCAGUGUCGAACACGAAUAUUGCUUCCUGUACUUACUGGAGGUUAUUCCACACAUUCUCGUGUCUAGCGAUACGGGGAAGAUGAUUUCGCUUUGCCUAUUGCGAGGUAUUCUGGCCGACCUUUCCAACUCAACUAUUAUUCUGAACAUCUAUCGCAAUCUUUACGAAGCAUGGGAAAUGAUUCAGCUAAUCGGUCAGGAUGCGAUUCUCAAGGAGUGGUCACUGCGCAAAACCUAUAUCCUCGUUAGGGUAUUUUCCUUAACUCUGGCAUCGGCAGUCCUUAAUUCGUCUAAUCAGGGAUUAAAGACGGCUGGUUACAGGGGCUUUGAUUUGCCUCCUGGUGCAUCGGAGUUCUGCGACUGGUUUAGGACGCUAAAAGAUAGGCUGGAUGAAAAAUACAAGCAACUUAAGAGCAGGGAGGGACUUAUGUUGGUUCGCUUUAUUGAGCACAACAUUAUCGGCUACCUAACGGAGACAGCUAACGAAUCUAUGUCCGAGGCUGGAACCGAGGCGGUUUCGGAGCCGGGAAACGACACUACCGCCUAG